AUGGAAUAAUAGAUUCAAGAUCAUUAAGCAGAAAUAUAAGCUGAAUUAGAAAAUCAAGAGAAUAUUCAUCAGAUCUAUGAAGAAUACAUUGAUGCACAUGAAUCUACUUUGGUAAUCUGAUCCAUUAAUAGUAGCAUACACAUGAUGAGGACAUUAAAAACAACAUCUUGCUCAUUAAAAUGAUUAGAACUCUCAAAACUGACUUCAUGAAUGAUUUCGAAGCAAGUUCAAGAUAUAUUUUGACUCCCCGUUUUCAUUUUUAAAAUUUAUCCAGUUUAUGA